AAUCAUAGAAUCGUCCAAUGAAUGGUUGACUAUACAGUGCAAUGUUAUUUUUUCGUGAAUUGCAGGUCGAUUUACAAGUAUGGUUUUCUAUACAAAGUCGUAAUUUUAUGAUAUAAUCGAAUGUUGCAUGAGUUAGGACCAUGUGCUGGAACCAAAUAAAAGAAUGAUCAAAAAAUGAUUUACAAACAAAGAUGUUAUUAAAUGCGGAAGGGAUAUAAAAUUUGGAAAUGAAUAAGUUAAGCAGCAUACCUCCAAACUUGGAUCUGGAUGAUCCAAGGUUUCGAGUCAGACCAUAUCAACAAAUUGUUGCUUCUUGUACAGGUGCUUUUAUUACGUCAAUUUUUGUUACUCCUUUGGAUGUAGUUAAGAUCAGACUACAAGCACAGCAAAAAGCAAUGCUCUCUAACAAAUGUUUUCUUUAUUGUAAUGGCUUAAUGGAUCACUUAUGUCCUUGUCUAAAUGGGAAAGGUCCAAUAUGGGCUAGAGGAAAUGGAAAGUUUAAUGGCACAGUGGAUGCCCUUAUGAAGAUUAGCAAGAAUGAAGGUAUUCUUUCACUAUGGAGUGGUUUAAGUCCUACUCUUGUUCUAGCUGUACCUGCAACCAUAGUGUAUUUUGUUUCAUAUGAACAGUUAAGAUUAUAUCUUAAGGAUAAAUAUAAUAACAACUACAGAAAAGUUAAUGGAGUUACCAUGGAACAGCCAUUCUGGAUUCCUAUGUUGGCUGGGGCUACAGCACGGAUUUGGGCUGCAACCUUAGUGAGCCCAUUAGAGUUAAUUAGAACAAAGAUGCAAUCUCAGAGAUUAAGUUAUGCAGAAAUUCUUCAAGCAUUGAAAACUGUUAUAAAAUAUAAUGGGGUUCCUGGCUUAUGGAUGGGAUUAACUAGUACUCUUCUACGUGAUGUACCCUUUAGUGCGAUUUACUGGUUAAAUUACGAAACUAUAAAGCAAAAGUUUCAAGUGACUCAACAGACUUUUACUUUUAACUUCAUAGCAGGUGCUAUAGCUGGAUCUAUAGCCGCAUUUUUAACUAUUCCAUUUGACGUUGUGAAGACACAUAGACAAAUAGAAAUGGGUGAGAAAGAGAUUUAUUCAGAUAAACCUGGACGUAUUGGCGGAACGUGGAUUGUAAUACAAAAAAUUUAUACGCAAAAUGGAGUGAGUGGAUUAUUUACAGGACUAAUUCCGCGUGUAAUUAAAGUAGCUCCAGCUUGUGCGAUUAUGAUUGCGACAUUUGAACAUGGGAAACGAUUCUUUCAAGUAUACAAUGCUAACCAAAUACUUCAAUACGAGAACGAUUUACAACUUCUAAAACACAAACGGAAAAGCGUAGAAUGACGUGCAUGUCAUAUUUUAUAUCAUAAUAUAUUAUACUCAAAGAGAACGAAUAAAUUUUAUUUAAAACUUUA